CUCUAAAUGUAGAUGUUUGUUUUUAAAUCAGCCUGUUUUAAAGGCUUUUUUCGUGUUUCUGGUGAAAACCUUGUGUGUCAUAGUUAUCAAGUGUAUAUGUGGGAUAAGAUGAACAAAUUACUUCGCUGUGUGCGGUUAAAAGAACAUGAUGAAUUUCAGAAGUUAGCAUUAGCUUUAAAAAAAAAAAAAAACUGAAAGAGUUAAUACACUAGCUCGCGCGCAGGAAAUAACGCUACGCCUCGGCUUCCGCUUCGUAAAAAUGGCGGUGUUUUGUAAAACAGCGUGAGUAAAGUACUUUAGUGUACCGUUAGACACAGCGUUUUGCUGGUUCACGUUGACUAUAUAACUGUGCAACAACUUGGAUUUAGUUUUUCUAGCUGCACGCCGUAGUGGGGAUCACCCCUAACACCUCCUGCUGUUUAACUUUGUCGUCAUUAGUAUCUGUUUAAUUUGAAACAGGGUCCAAUGCCUGAGGGUCCUGAGCUGCACCUGGCCAGUGUGUUUGUGAACACGACAUGUGCAGGUGUGAUUUUCACUGGCGCUGUGGAGAAGUCUGAAGUGAGUAAAGGAGCCGAGGUGUCGUUCUCCAGCGAUGCGUACCGGAUCAGUGCCACAUCCAGAGGAAAAGAAGUGCGACUCUCACUCACUCCGAUCAAGACUAAAAAAUCAGGGCUAAACCAGUUGCCUAUGGAUGUGGUCUUUCGGUUUGGGAUGUCAGGCUACUUCCGUUUCACUGCGGCAUCUGAGCUCCCGAAACAUGCCCACCUGCGAUUCUACACUAAGGAGGAUCCUCAGAGAGUGCUGAGCUUCGUUGAUGUCCGCAGGUUUGGCAGCUGGCAUGCUGAUGGAGACUGGCAGAAAGACAGAGGCCCCUGUGUCAUGACUGAGUAUGAGAGCUUCAGGGAGAACGUUUUGUCCAACUUGUCAGACAAGGCAUUUGACAGGCCAGUCUGUGAGGCUCUCUUAAAUCAGAAAUACUUCAAUGGAAUUGGCAACUACCUCCGAGCAGAGAUUUUGUACAGAUUAAAGAUUCCUCCCUUUGUGAAGGCAAGAAGCGUGUUAGAGGGACUUAAUUUAAAACAUGAAGAAACAAAGCACAUAAAAAAGGAGUCCAGCACAGAGAUGGCAAAGAAAGCUGAUGUGGGUGAGAAGAAAACUGAGUCUCCAGACCUCCUCUCUCUCUGUCACACUGUACCACUUGAAGUGAUUAAUCUGGGUGGAAAAGGAUAUGACCCAGGGAAGGGAGAUUUCACAGAAUUUGUUUCCUGGCUGCAGUGUUACAAUGUUGAUGGAAUGAAUUCAGUAAGAGACCACAAUGGAAGAACUAUUUGGUUUCAUGGUCAUCCAGGUCCAAUGGUCCCUAAGGCCUCCAAGGGUCCUAAGACAAAGAGAAAAAUCAAGAAAGAUGACUAUACAGAUACAAAGAAGGAAAAGCUUGUAAAAAUGGAGAAGAGUGUGCCUAAGAAACGAAACAACAAACAGCGGAAUGCUAGCACAACUGGACUAAAAAUAGAAGCAGCUGAUGACGUUGGAAGACCAAAUACACGCAGGCAGAGCAGUUUAUCAGGUCUACAGCAAACCACAACUAAAAGUAUAAGAACAAAAAGUGACACUAAAGCCAAGGCCAGAAAACCUCGCAAGAAGAGCAGUAGAAAUGCUUAAGAACCAUUUUCUUUAUUAUAAAAAAGGCAUGACUGUUGGAUCAGGAGGAUCAUGUGAACCUGUAAAUGACUGCCUCCCAAUUACGUGUGAGAUUUGGUGGGCAGCUGCCUUUGUUAAGCUGUGGUUAAUACACAAAUCAUAUUCGUGCACACCUUUCACAUUAGUUAUGGCUUUGGAUAAUGCUAUUUUGCAUUUUUAACAUGUUGAUCCGUUUCUCAUCUCAAUAAAAACAUUUUCAAAACUCUA